AUGGUUUCUCCCAUUCAGAAGAAGACUAUCAUCAAGAAGCGACGAGCUUCGUUCAACCGCUUCCACUCGGAGCGCUUCAUGCGCGUCGAUGCCUCCUGGAGAAAGCCCAGAGGUAUUGACAACCGCGUUCGCAGACGCUUCAAGGGCAACAUUGCCAUGCCCAAGAUCGGUUACGGCUCCAACGCUGCCACCCGCCACCUUCUUCCCAACGGCUUCAAGAAGUUUGUCGUCAGCAACGUUGCCGAUCUCGAGCUCCUGCUCAUGCAUAACCGCGCCUACGUUGCCGAGAUCGCCCACAACGUCAGCUCUCGCAAGCGUAUCCAGAUCGUCGAGCGUGCCAAGCAGCUCGAUGUCAAGGUCUCCAACGCUGGCGGUCGUCUUCGUGCCACCAAUCGACCGAUGCAGACCGGAUGCUAA